AUGGGAGCUGAGCUUAGCAAGACUUCCACAAUGGAUGAGACCUCUGACGAGCCUCCCACUUCUGCCGUCCUCUUAGACAGCUGCCACUUCUCCCAGGUCGUCUUUAACGAUGUGGAGAAGUUUUACAUUCCUGGAGGAGACGUAACCUGUUAUUACACCCUCACGCAGAACAUCGUUCCUCGCAGGAAGGACUGGGUGGGCAUCUUCCGGGUGGGAUGGAAAACAACUCGGGAAUAUUACACCUUCAUGUGGGCUCCUCUGCCCAGCGAUGCCCGCAGUGAUGCCGCUGUGCAGCAGCAGAUCCAGUUCAAAGCUUACUACCUACCAAAGGAUGAUGAAUACUACCAGUUCUGCUACGUCGACCAGGAUGGUGUGGUCCGAGGAGCCAGUGUCCCUUUCCAGUUCAGAGCAGAGACUGAGGAUGAUAUACUGGUGGUUACCACGCAGGGAGAAGUGGAAGAGAUUGAGCUACAAAACAAAAAUCUGCGUAAAGAAAAUGAGGAGCUGAAAGCAAGCUGUGCAAGUCUCCAGAAACAAAACAACGAUCUGCAGGAAGAGCUCAACAAGGCACAGGAGCUGCAGAAUAGUUUAGAGUCUCUGAGGAGCAGCGCAGAGAAUCUGGAGCUGGAGCUGAAUUCCCUGAAAAAGGAAAAUAAACAGCUAAAGGAGCUGGAUGACCACAGAGAGGCAGAACUGCAUCAACUCAAAGAGCAAAUUCAGAAUGUGACCUCUGACAAGGAACGCUUGGAAAUGAGACUGAAAACAGCCCUGGAACACAUGGACCAGCUGCAGUCUCAAGUGUUGAAUUAUGAGAAAGAAGUGGAAAACCUCUCUCUUGUGGACCAUGACAAGACAGAACAGCUUGAAAGUUUAAAGGAGGAGAAUCGCCAGUUACUCAUGACUAGAACUCUACAGCAACACGACUUGAUGGCAGAUCUUGAGGAGCAGAAGCGUUUGUUUCAGAUUCUGCAGGCAAAGAAGAGUGAAGCUGAUGAGGAAAAUCAGAAACUAAGGGAAGAGAAUGACAGACUCCUGAGGCAAAUCUCGCAGUCUAGAGAGGUUUCUUCCUCCUCUGCUGUUCCUCAAGCUCAAGCUCCGAUUCCCGCUCCUGAAGCAGAAGGUCUUCUGUUUGGAAAUCCAUAUAGAGUUGCAGGAGCAAGCCUGGGGGCAGGAGCUGCAGACUUUGUUUCUAUAAGGAAAUGCCCCUUGUGCGAUGAAGUAUUUCCUGAAGAUAUUGAAACAAGUCAGUACGAGGCCCAUGUGCAGAGCCAUCUUCUGGAAUGCCCACUCUGCAGUGAGAGCUUUGAAAAGUCCAAUAAGCAGGUGUUUGAUGACCAUCUUUUUUGUCAUGGCCUGGAAUAA